AUGCCAAGGAAUUCACAGUCUGGUCGUUCUACCUCCGCGAGCUCAAGUGGCAGUGCUGCCUACCAGCAAUUUUUGGAGCCCUCUCUGCAGGAGACCAAUGAAUCAACCUCAUGGCUGGACACAAUUGACGAGUCCGGCGCAUCCUCACCAUCAUCCGCGAACUCGAAAGCGUCCUCGGUCUAUCUACGACGGCGCACAAGCCGACGUAUAAGCACUGAUACCGAAGCUGAGUUCGAUGCCGCUCUCGAUGCGGCCGUGGAAGCUGCUUAUGAUGAAGGUUUGGAGCCAGUCAUGGAGUAUCGAGAAGAUGAAAGUGAUGAUGUCGUGGCAAAUGCACGCAGAAAUAUUGAGUUGGCUAAGCAACGGGUGCGCGAAGCAGAACAAGAGGCCGAGGUUGCAAUGAACCGUGGCCGGGAGAUCCGCCGUAUCCAAGAACAAAACUUACUGGAGAACCCGGUCGGACGGAAUUCAGACUAUCUCGACGAGGAAGCCGAAGAAGAAGAGCGCCUCUUGGAAGAGAUGACCAAGGGCUAUGUCAUGGAUGAUUUUGAAUUUGGUAUACAAUCCAAAUCUGCGCUUCCUCGAGAAUCAGACUCAAGUAAUAUGUCCGGGAGGACCUGGGAGAGCUCAGCCGCGUCCAAUAUCACAGGAACUGGAGUUACCUUGUCCACCCUCACGGAAGACGACAGCAUCUUGCCUCCCGAUCAGAGACCUGAGCAAACCCCUCUUCCAUCUUCUCCCCCAUCUGUCGCUUUGCCCCCGAUCCCCUUCGAUUUCCCUACUUUACCGCAGCGACUUUCUCUAUCCCAACCCCCCCCUCCUCCUUCAAUGGGACCACCACCCGUACCAGGUGUCCGAGCGCGGCGGCUUUCGGGCCAGUCUGGCGAGCUAAAGAUCGAAACAAACGCACGCUCUCGAACUGACUCCAACACCUCUGACCUUGAUCCUUUCUCAACCCCCUUGACAAGUCGCCCACCGCCCCCACUUCCCAAAGACGAAGCACUCUCAGACUCCUUUAAAGCUCCCGCGCCAGGGUUUCGAGCCAACCUGUACCCUUCUAAGCGUAACCCAUCCAUAGGGUCCAUAUCCGAUCAUACCAGCCUCGCCAAGGCCCGCACUCAUGAAGAUGAUGAGGGUGGGCUUCCUCUUUUGCCUCCAUCAACGCGCCCUAUGGUUAAGAUACCGUCUGCACCAGACGGGCUAGACAAGUCCGGUUCAAAGGCAUUCCGAUCUCGCAAUGUAUCCGUCCCCAACCCAGAGACAGCACCCGGCUCUCCCACAACUCCGUGGAGUGGUUCAUUCCCAACACUGGACACUCAGAAGGCUACCAUGGGUGGUAGCAUUCCCAUAAUGCCAACACCAACUGCGACUUACUUCACUCAAAAUGGAUUGCCCACUGGUGGCCUCAACCUCUUUGACUGCAAUAUCCAUUCUCCCACUGCUUUGGGCUGUCCAAACUCUCUUGUUGCCAAUGCGCCUCUUCCCCUCGAACCGUGUCCGGAAUCAUUUCUCCUCCGUCCCUUCUGGCUUAUGCGGUGUCUGUAUCAAACAGUCGCUCACCCACACGGUGGCUAUUUAUCCGCAAAACUCUUCAUCCCUCGUGAUGUCUGGCGGGUGAAGAAUGUCAAGAUCAAAGCUGUGGAGGACAAGGUGUCCAACUGUGACCUUCUGACAGCGGCGCUGCUCAAACUGGCUCAGGUCGACACAUACGAUGCCGAUGCCGUGUUGGAAGAAAUGCAAGCGCUUGAGAGCGUUCUUGAUCAGGUUCAAGCGACACUGUCUAAGAAAUUGGGUCACGAUGUUGGUGUUCAGACUUCAAUGCCACUUUUCAGGCCGAAUGCGACAGCGGAGGAUUCCGCUCAUCCCGACCCUCCCCCUUCCAGGACCUCCGGUACCUCGAACAAGUCAUAUCUUCCAACUUGGAAACGGUUACGGGCGAAAACUUCGGGAAUUAGUACAGCCGUUCCUGCCCCACCCAGUGUGCGCGAAAGCAAUAAGGAUAAUCUGACCCUCAACUCUCUUCCUAUGACGUCGGCACCUACUACCCACACAAAGCGUAAUGUCACCCAGCUAGAGUUCUCGGGCCCGAAUGCCCACUACAUGGGAGCGUUGGCGCGUCUUUUUGAUGCUGCUCAAGUGAUAGGUACGUGUGAUCUUGCUCAUUUCCUAGUUCUUCCAACAAGUAUCAUGCUGACUGAUCUAGAUCAAAUCGCCCAGCAAGUUGAAGAUCCAGGACUCAAACACUCAUCACCAACCCAUGUCGGCUUGGAGCUCAGCACCCGUCAUGCGGCCGAGUUCUUUGGCUUUUAUGUGUGCCGCUUUGCACUGGCUGAUGUAGGCAUGAUGCUUGAUAAAUUUAUCAAGCGGGGCAGUGAAUGGGUUUUGAUUUAA